CACGUACAAGAUACACGAGGACAGGACGCCAGGAUUCUGAUCCCAACCUGAAGGAUUUUAAUUUAGGUGAAUUUUCCUUCUUCUGCUGUGACAGAAUGAUGCGCUUCCUGUUGCUGUUCAGCCGGCAGGGGAAGCUGCGGCUGCAGAAAUGGUUCACGCCGGUAACAGAACGGGAGAAGAAGAAAGUGAUCCACAUGAUGAUGUUAGUGUUGGCCCGUCAACCACGUUCCUGCAACUUCCUCCACUGGAGGGACCUCAAGAUUGUUUACAAGAGAUACGCCAGCCUGUAUUUCUGUGCUGGUCUGGAGAACCAGGAUAAUGAGCUGCUGACCCUUGAAGUGCUGCACAGAUAUGUGGAGCUGUUGGAUAGAUACUUUGGAAAUGUGUGUGAGUUGGACAUCAUUUUUAACUUUGAGAAGGCGUACUUUAUCCUGGACGAAUUCCUCAUGGGAGGGAUUCUAGAAACCUCCAAAGUAGCCGUGAGUGUGUCUCUUGAGGAGGCCGACACCCUGCAAGAGACAAUGGAGGAAUACAUGAGCAAACCUACCUACUGAGCCAAGACAAGACGACAAUAUCUGACAUUUCAAGACUUGAAGCAAAAGGUUUAUUGCUCCGCAACGUUUUUAUGUAGUGACUAAUAAUGACUCAUAUGGCGUAAUGCUGUGCUCAUACAAUAACCACAAUCCUGCUGAUUUAUCAUGUUUCUACUCAAGGUUUUAAGUAAUUAUAUCUGGAUCUUUAAGUGCCUUUUAAGCCUCAUAUUUAUUAUACUCAGGGUUUUUAUGACUGAAAAUAGCCUUUUUUCCAGGUUAUUGAAAUACAUUUUUUCAUGUUGAAAUAUGUUUUCGGAAUCUCAAACGGUAGGCAAGACUAAUUUAACCCUUUGAA